AUGCACUCAUGCACUGGCAGGUGCACCGUGAACGCGUGCACGCGACACCUGGCCGCGCGCAUGCUUGUACGCUCACCGAUGCAGCAGCCCGCCGCCUCUCCCGGCCCACCCCCCUCCCGACCAGCUGUUAGACGAGCUCAGCUGUUAUGGAUGUACAAAUCAAAGGAGGUUACGGACGGCGUUUGUGAGCCGGCCAAUCACGUGAAUCUGUGCGACCGUCUAGACAGGUCAAAGGUCGGACAUUUCGAGUAA